AUGCACGGCUCCACCGCCCUCACCCUGCUCGCAGCCUUCCCGGCCACCUUCGCCAUCGUGCUCCCCCGGCAGGCGGCAUCCAGUAUCAACGAUGCGUUCGUGGCCAAAGGCAAGAAGUACUUCGGGACCUGCACGGACCAGGGGCUGCUGAGCAGCGGGCAGAGCGCGGCCAUCAUCCAAGCCGACUUCGGGCAGGUGACGCCGGAGAACAGCAUGAAGUGGGACACGAUCGAGGCGACGCAGAACAGCUUCAACUUCGCGGGCGCCGACUACCUGGUCGACUGGGCGACGGCCAACGACAAGCUGGUGCGCGGGCACACGACCGUGUGGCACUCGCAGCUGCCGACGUGGGUCAGCAGCAUCACGGACAAGGACACCUUGACCGCCGUGGUGCAGAACCACGUCUCGACCGAGAUCGGGCGGUAUGCGGGCAAGGUCUACGCCUGGGACGUCGUUAACGAAAUCUUCAACGAAGACGGCACGCUCCGCUCCUCCGUCUUCUACAACGUCCUCGGCGAAGACUUCGUCCGCAUCGCCUUCGAAGCCGCCCGCGCCGCCGACCCAGCCGCCAAACUCUACAUCAACGACUACAAGUACGUCGUCGU